AUCUUCGGGAGCACUUUGCGUGAGCACAUCACGUCGCUGCAAAACACUAAGGUUGCUGUCACUUGCAGUUUUGCUCCUCAAAACGCGAGAAGAAAAAUGUCCAAGGAAGAUGAUUACAAAGAGGACUUUGGCUAUGAUAAAAUGUCUACAUUGGAACAAGGAAAACAAGACAAUGCAAGUUACACCACCGAUGUUCAAUCCAGUGAUCUUCAGCUGAACAGAAAAUGUCAUACUUGUUUUCAUCAUAGGGGAUGGAUCUACAGUCUGAUGAUUGGGAGUUGUCUCCUGAUAAUUACUGGUUUCUCCGUUUAUCUGGGGAAUGUAUUUCCUGAUGAAAUGGACUACUUGCGUUGUGCAGCAGGUUCAUGUAUUCCUGCAGCAGUUGUCAGUUUUGCCACAGCUAGGAGAAGAGUUAAUGCAUUACCACACCUCCAGCUUCUCUUCAUCUCCACAUUCACUAUAACAACAACAUGCAUGAUUUGGUAUGGGUGCAAACUACUCCUCAAUCCAGCUGCAUUGAAUAUAAACUUUAACUUGCUUUUACUUGUACUUCUGGAAAUUCUCAUGGCAAGUAAAGUCAUCUUGUCAGCAAGAUCGGAUGCUAGGUGCUGUAAGAAAAAGAAAGUGUUGCCUUACAAUGAAACAACCUUCUUUUGUCACAUAAAGUUUCCGUCUCGUACUUUGAAGUCCUAUUCGGUGGUUGAAGUAAUUGUGGCGAUUUGUGCAGUCUUUGGUGGAAUUAUUGCUCUAAAUAUGGGUGCCCUGGUCCCUGGACCCUACCUCUCUGUGACAUUCUUCUGGAUUUUGGCUGCAUGUUUUCCUGGUGCUAUUGCAAGCCAUGUCGCAGCAGAAUACCCAUCCAAGUUCAUGAUCGAGGUCUUAAUUGCUAUCAGCAGCGUCACAACUCCAAUGCUGUUUACUGCCUCUGGCUAUCUAUCCUUCAGCAUUAUGAAGUUCAUUGACAUCUUUCGACAGAGUUCAACAAAUUUGCUUCAGUCGUAUGAUAUUCUGGUUUUUGUUCUGAUGCUUCUGUUACUGGUUCAGUCCAGUCUCAUGCUUGCCACAUUUGUCCACUGUGUGAGCUACAAGAUGCAGCUUAAAUAUCAUGAGUCAACGUGGAAUAUGUCAGACUUCCAAAAGGAGAGCUGCAAGACAGUUGAGGUUUCCAAAUCUGUCACAAAGGACUUUGACAAAGACAAGGCGUGGAAAGCAGUCAUGGUUCAAAUGGUGCAGUAAUAACAAGGUGGAUGAGCCUUCAAAUUAUCUCACCAACAUUGACAUGUAAUGUCUUCUUCAUCCACGGGUGACUUCUGAACAUGACAUACCAUCCAAUGUGAAAGCUUUAGGUAAACGUUGUAAAUAACGCCAUUUAUGUUAAUUUGAUUCGAAUUUCUAUACCAGACUGACAUUAACAAAUGAGUCUGUAUCUUUUAAAAUUAAUUUCACAUGAGUUAACUGAAAUAUAACAUUUUCUACAAUAUUGCUUUGAUUUACACAGUAGCUGAUUUUUAUAUAGGUUUAUUUUGAUUUGUGUACAGGAAUAACUGGGAUAAAGAUAUAAGCAAUGAUGAAGACUAAUUUUGUUUAUUGGUGGAAAAUAGAGCAAUAAAAAUUGACACAGAAAAUACAAAUCGGCAUUAUAAUAUGAAGUAAUAAUUGACAUGCCCAGUUGCUACAUUCCCACCUUUGUUUUGUAAAUUUGUAGUCUGUUUUAGUUAAAGAGUAAGUAUUUAGGGAAUGUUAGGGAAGAAAUAACAGUCUUAAAAAUAAAUUAUAAAGUGCUGAAAAGUGUAUUCAUGAGGAUUAGUUUGAGCUGUCAAAGCAGAAUGCCGGGAAUCUCCGAAUCAUGUUCUGUAAGUAUAGUUGAGUAGCUUGGUUUCUGAUGGAUAUAAAACUUGUUAUAAGAAAAUAGAAGUAAGAGUGUUGCGGGAGAAUUCAAUCUUGACAUGGCUGGAUGAGGUGUAAACAAAAAGCUUAUAUUUCAUGCACCACACAGCCUAGUUGUGCUCCCUCACCCUGCUUUCAACAGUAAUAUAGCAAGCAAUGUUUUUUGUAAAUUUCUUUGUGACAUGUACCCAUUAUGUACACAAUAUUCCUGAUGUGAUCUCACCAGGGCUUUCUGUUAUUGUGGUAAAACAACUCUUUAAAUCCUCUUUUGAUAUAAGCCAAUGUACCUUUUUAAUUGCAUCCUAACUAUGAGUCCUUGCAAAACCACCUAAUUCAAGAUCUUAGGAUGCAGGUGAUGAGGCUUUAGGGAUUUAUUGGCUUUCAGCUCCAUUCAUUUCUAUCUUUUUUUAAACUAAUAUUAAUUUAUUUCACUUCCCUAUUCUGGUUCCAACAUUCCCCACUGUUUUUGGGAGGUUUUCUAUCAUUUUGCAUGAACACAGCCAAGAUAUUUGUUUACUUUCUCUUUCAUUUCUUUAUUCCCUUAUAUAAUUUCUCCUAUCUAUGUCUGUAGGGCAUAUGUUAAUAAGCUUUAUUCAUAUUUAUAGCAGUUUUUAUGCUUAUUGGUCUUUAGCUCUUGUGUUCUAUUUUUCCUUAUCAAUUUCUUGGUCUUUUCCAAAAUUUGAGAAUUUCCCAAUUUUUAGGUUAGCUGAUUUUUCUUGGCAACAGUGUAGGACUUUCCUUCGAUCUAAUACUGUCUUCAACUUCCCUUGUUAACCAUUGAUCUGCCACUUUUAUUGAUCUGCAUUCAUCUAUUCCUGAACGAAAACUAAUGAUCUGUCACAGACAAAUUCAAGUAUUAUACAGACACACUGAAAACGACAGAAUUGUGGGAUGCAGUGGUACAAUUGUUACCUGACAAGGACAUGGCAUCUGAAUGUGAAUAAUAUUACAGAACUUUGACACAACAGUUCAGUCCCUGCCCUGUGUCUGGUGAUACUGGGCCUGUAUAAAAAUCACAUUGUGACAAAAUCUGGUGCGAGAUCAUGCGGUAAGGACUGCGAUAAGCUUGGUUUGUGGUCCCUAUUAUUAAUGAUGUCUGCAUAUUUCAUUCCUCAUCCAACAAUGAUUCAUCUACAAUUUCUGUGGCAUCCUCUAGCAUGAAGUUUUUUUUUUACCUGGUUGGGGAGUGUGUAUAGGGUGGGUAUGGUUGUGGGCGUUGGUAGCGGCAAAGAAUAUUUAUGCUUAUACUGCUGCUCCAUUCAUGGAAACAUACUGGUAGGAGACAAAAAGCGGCUCCUAUGUUGUAAUUGUGCAGAAGUGUUGAUAACUACGAUGUAUAGCUUAAAUUUUAAUGACUUCAUUUUUCUUUGCUGUCCCUUAUGUUUCUGUUUCUGCAAUUUGAAAGUUGAUGAUACUUUAUUUUAGUUUGUUGGGUUAAUCUAAAUUGUUAUGUCUUUGCUUAAUGAUCAUAUUUAUCCUGUAAACUCUGAUAUUUUGAAGGUAUGGUUUAUUCAGGGUGACAAUAAAACAAUUUGAUUAAACUCUU